GGACAGCGGCUGGAACUGGAAUGUCAGACCUCUAAGGAGGACAGUGGCGUAUUCUGGAUCCGCCAGGACAAGGAUGGGAUCCUUCACUUCAUUGUCUUCAUCAACGCCUUGUCUCGGACCACAUUCGAGGGGAGUCAGAAAACAUCCACACGCUUUGAGGGAAGAAAAGACAACAACUUCUACCAGCUGGUAGUGAAGUCUUUCGAGCAACGGGAUGAGGGGUCCUACUUCUGCCUCAUGAACAUCAACCAAGCACUGUACUUCAGCUCUGGCCUGUCUGUCUUCUUCCCAGCCCCCACCACCACAGAACCCACCGCCCAGGAGCCCACCACACAGCAUGGCACCACCAGAAAGGACCCCUGCCUGGAGGCCUCGGAUGCAGGUAGCCCAGCUCAGAAAGAGAUGAAUUUCUUCUGUGACAUCUUCAUCUGGGUUCCUUUGGCAGGCGCCUGCCUCCUGCUCCUCAUUGCCUUGGCCAUCACCAUCAUUCUGUGUCAACAUACCAGAAGACGAAGGUGCAGAUGUAAAAGACCUGUGCACGGGAAGCCCAAGGUGAAACCUGCCAUGCCAAACCGACACGUAUAA